CAUUGUUCUGUUAGUUGUUGGUUUCUUUCGCCGCCGGCCGCAAUUUUAUCUUUCUCAUAUUCUCUCUCUUUUAGAGUAUUUUCUUUCUUUGUUUCUUUGUUCUUCUAUCUUAUAUGUAAAAAUAAUUUUAUUUUUCAACCCUCUCAUAAUAAAUUUUUUUCCGUAUUACCUUCACCGUCGUCGUCUUCAACUUUCUUCAGCCGUCGAUCUGGUGUUUAUAUCGCAUUUUCUCUCUCCUCAUUUUCUCAAUUAGGGAUUUCCGAUUUCGUUCGAUGUCAAUUUUCUUCGCAAUCGGUUAUUCCGUUUGAAUGCGAGAAACAUAGCUCAAUUACUGAAAAAAGAACUUUUGAAUUAGGGAUUUUUGGCAUGGGUCGAUGUUCGAUAAAUCGACCGACAAAAGAGUUGAAGACUAAGACAUUGUGUUUGGGUGUUAGGUUAAGUUGAAGAAAUUUGCAAUUUAGUAAUUUUAUCCACUUCUGCUACUGCUACUGUUGCUGCUGUUGUUGCUGAGAUUAUCUUUAUUUUAAAGUUAUUAGAUUAAUUUAUUUUGUUGAGGGCAAUGUUUGGAUCAAAUCCGGAUUCUGCUGCACAUAGUAACAGUGGACUUCCUGGAAAUUUAUUAAUUCCUUUUCGCUUCGUAUGGCCUUAUGGAGGAAGGAGGGUUUUCCUCAGUGGUUCGUUUACCGGGUGGUCGGAGCAUAUACUCAUGUCCCCUAUGGAGGGGUGCCCUACUGCGUUUCAAGUUAUUUGUAACUUAACCCCAGGAUAUCAUCAGUACAAGUUCAAUGUUGAUGGAGAAUGGCGUUAUGAUGAACAUCAACCUUUUGUGAGUGGAACUUAUGGAGUUGUCAACACUGUGCUUUUAGCAAGGGAAUCUGAUAUGGGUCCGGUUGUAUUUAGUUCUGAUACUCCGGGUAGAUCUAACAUGGAGGUGGAUGAAAACAUGUUUGUUCGUCCAAGUACAGCGGCUGAUGGAAUGUUGCGGGAGCAAAUUUCAGAAGCUGAUGUACAGGAUUCUCGUCAUCGUAUAUCUCGGUUUCUGUCCCAACAUACAGCAUAUGAGUUGCUUCCAGAGUCAGGCAAGGUUGUUGCCUUGGAUGUUACUUUACCGGUUAAACAAGCUUUUCAUAUCCUUUAUGAACAGGGAGUUCCUGUUGCUCCUUUGUGGGAUUUUGGAAAGGGUCAUUUUGUUGGAGUUCUUAGUGCAAUUGAUUUCAUCUUGAUCUUGAGAGAGCUUGGGAAUCAUGGAUCAAAUUUGACGGAAGAAGAGCUGGAGACUCAUACGAUAUUAGCAUGGAAAGAUGGCAAAAUUCGUCAGAACAGACAAAUUGAGGGUAGUGGGAGACCAUAUGCUAGACAGCUUAUUAAUGCUGGGCCUUAUGAUUCAUUGAAAGACGUGGCUUUGAAAAUUUUGCAAAACAAAGUAUCCACUAUUCCAAUUAUACAUUCCUCAUCACCAGAUGGUUCUUUCCCUCAGCUGCUACAUCUUGCUUCCUUGUCUGGAAUUCUAAAGUGCAUUUGCAGACAUUUUAAACAUUCAAGCAGCUCUCUGCCUAUUCUUCAGCAACCCAUUAGUUCGAUUCCUUUGGGUACUUGGGUUCCCAAGAUUGGGGAAUCAAGUCGACCGCCAUUGGCUAUGUUGAGACCGAAUGCCUCUCUUGGGGUUGCCUUGACUUUGCUUGUUGAAGCGGAUGUGAGUUCAGUGCCUAUAGUUGAUGAAAAUGACUCCUUACUGGAUUUAUAUUCUCGGAGUGAUAUUACUUCUCUAGCAAAGGACAGGGCAUAUGCACAAAUUCGUCUUGAUGAAAUGAGUAUUCAUCAGGCCCUUCAACUAGGACAAGAUGCUAAUUCUCCUUGUGGAGUAUUUAAUGGACAAAGAUGUCAGAUGUGCUUAUCCUCGGACCCCUUACAAAAGGUCAUGGAGCGGCUAGCAAAUCCAGGCGUCAGGAGACUUGUGAUUGUGGAAGCCGGAAGCAAGCGUGUAGAAGGCAUUAUUACAUUGAGCGAUGUAUUCAGAUUCUUGCUUGGCUAGCGUUCAGCUCACAUGUUCUUGGCUAGAAACUUUGGAGCAAUUCAUCCAUAAUGUAAACACCCGUUACUCUGCCGUGCCUUCACAUGUGACAGAUGGCUUCAUUAGUUGCAUUAGUCCUUGAUUGUUAUUGUGGGCGUCAUUCUUUCGAGCCCCAUUGUUUUUAGGAUACAGGGCAAGGAAAAAAAAAGAAAAAGAAAAAAAAAGAAGAAUUUGUAAAUCGAAGAGAUUUUAAAUUUUCCCUUUUCACCCCCUUUUUAUAACCAGAAUUCAUGUCAAA